GCGCGGACCGUGGAGGGAACGGGCAGAAGAUGGCUGACUCGGCCGGGCACCGCGAGCCCUCGGCGGCAUCACCGGCGUCCCACGGGCCGCUGAAGAGCUCCGAGACCCCCGCCGUGUGGCGGCUGUAAACAGCUGCCUCUCUCUCUUUCCCUCACACACUCACACGCACGCACACGCGCGCACACCUCCCCUCCUCACCGCAAAUAUUGACAGAAGUAUCGCCGAGAAAAUAUGGCAGAGACGGAAAAAGAGGGCAGACCUCCCGAAAAUAAGAGAAGCCGCAAACCUGCUCACCCGGUGAAACGGGAAAUAAACGAAGAGAUGAAGAGUUUUGCAGAGAACACCAUGAAUGAGUUGCUGGGUUGGUACGGCUACGACAAGGUGGAGCUGAGGGACUCUGACAACCUGGAUAUUGGAGAAAUGCCACAACACAUCUCCGUCCUCAAAGAAAACUCGUUGCCAAAAAUCCCAGCCUCAGUGGAGAACAGUGAAGGCUCUCCAGAUCGGGCCAACAGCUCCCUGUCUUUGCCAGCAUCCAGAAAUGGAGUCAUAGAACCCUCCAUGGUACCGUCCACUUCCGCACCCAAUGCAAAAGAGCACGGCAACAUGCCCAUCAUGGUCCCCAUGGUCCCCCCUCCUCUGAUCAAGGCCCCUGCAGAUGAAGACGCAUCAAGUGUGCAGAUCAUGUGCGCCUGGUGCCAGAAGGUUGGUGUCAAACGUUAUUCUCUGAGCAUGGGGAGCGAGCUGAAGAGCUUCUGCAGUGAGAAGUGCUUUGCCGCCUGCCGCAGAGCUUAUUUCAAGAGAAACAAGCUGGGAUAUAUAAGGAAUUAUACCGCGAGAGACGACGACGGCCUCGGUGGGAAAUUCCCCCGGCACAUCUUUACUCAGGACACACCCAGGCUUGUCUUCAAGACAAACAGCGAUGUGCUUGUGUGUGACUGGUGCAAACACAUCCGUCACACAAAGGAGUACCUGGACUUUGGCGCUGGUGAACGAAGGCUGCAGUUCUGCAGUGCCAAAUGCCUGAACCAAUAUAAGAUGGACAUUUUCUACAAGGAAACCCAGGCUGCCCUGCCCGGAGCUCUGUGUAACCCUGGGCACGGGGUUGGAGGGGAGGGCAAGCCGGAGUGCAGUGGAGGGGUGCAGUUGCUCACUCCUGAAUCCUGGGGAACACCUUUAACAGACCUUCGGCGUAAAGCUCCCUCACCUGGGGGGCAUUCCAGCAACUCUGCUUUGGCCCCUUCCACUGUUUCUGCCACAUCUCCCUCAGAUACGGGUGCUGCCUGCUCCCCUUCUUCUACUUCAGCCAAAAUCCCCACACCCAGACCCCAUGAAAGCCCAACCCUUCCCCCUCCUCCUAUUCCUUCUUUGCACCCACCACUCGGGGUUCCUUCUGGUAGCCCCCCUAUGGUGAUGACUCCUCGAGGACCCAUGCCCUUGCCUCUGUUCAUGGAGCAUCAAAUGAUGCAACAGAUCCGACCACCAUUCCUUCGCCCCUCUGCCCACCCAGGAGGACCCAACAGUCCACUGUCAAACCCCAUUAUCCCUGGCAUUGGACCACCCCCUCCCCCAAGGACUCUCGGUCCAGCAUCUAGCCCCAUGCACAGGCCUCUCCUGUCUCCACAUAUUCACCCUCAAUCCAAUCCUAAUCCUGGCAUGAUCCCACCUCACCCAGGUCUCCCCAUGCCAGGUCUCCCCCCUUUCCCUCCCAUCAACAUGAUGCACAAUGGACCCAUUCCUUUGCCUCCAAUGAUGAACUUCGGCAUGCCAUCUUUGACCCCGUUGGUACCCCCACCAACUCUUCUGGUACCCUACCCAGUUAUAGUACCGUUCCCAGUACCGAUACCUAUUCCAAUCCCAAUUCCCUUCAACUCUAAAUCAUCCAGGGACCAAUCAGAGAGCAGUGGAUCUGUCCGCAGUGCUCCCGAGUGCUCUGAAGGAUCGUCCUCCAGGCCUCAUUCUCCAAACUCCUCUGAAAGUGGCAAAGGAGAAAACAAGACAGAAUCAGCUGGUGACGAGCAGGUUUCUCCCGCACCUUCAGAAAGAAGUAAAACAGCAUUUUUAGACUUGACUGUGAAGUCAGAGGAAAGUUCAGGCAAUCCUUGUCAACCCAGAAGACCGACAGAUGGUGUAAUCGACCUAACUGUGGGCCAAAAGCUAGGCCAACAGCAGCUCAUUCAGAGGAUGCUACCUGCUGGAGUGCAGGUGAAAGUGGAGGCAGAGGCUGAAAGAAGCCCUCCACCUGCAGCUGGACUGGGGAGGGAAGGAUGGGGUGAUGGAGGGGAUAGGGCUCUCGUCCUGCAAAGACACGCUGCUGAACCAGAAAGAGCCACAGUUCAGCCUUCAAGCAAAGCCGAUCAUCCAGUGAGCAGGUUAAACUUUACCAUAGCACCUAAUUCAGUACGGACGCAGCCCCUACCCCCACCCCAGCUCCACGCUAACCCUGCUGCCCCUUGUAAUGUAAUAGUCAACGGCACUGGAUGGCACUCGCUUCUCAUUCCUGCAUUCGAGUCUUGCCCCGAACAAAUAGGAGACUGGGAGGAAGAGGAACAACCAUCCAAUGGUGAUUUGGAACACGAGGCACUGAAAGAAAACAACUGCUCAGUGGGUGAACGCGAGGCGGGAAAAAGGAUUUCAGCACAAGCUGAGAAAGUGGACCCUAAAGUGGAGGGGAAGACGGACCCUGACUCCAGCAUGGAGGAGGGUGAACACGCCUAUGCUUUGCCACUGCUGUCAGCCGGCGGCUGUGUUGUCAUCCAGCCUGUGCCAAAGCCCGCCGCCGACAAGACGGCCAUAUUGUCCUGCUCCAUCACAGCGCCGUUAUCGUCAACUGGGAGCCCCGAGCUGGAGCCGCCGCUGAAGAGGAGGUGCCUGCGAAUCCGCAAUCAAAACAAAUGAGAUGGAUGCUCUGGCGACCGCAGUGCCAUCAGCGACUCACUUGUCUACCCACAACCUCUAAAUCCCAUCACUCUGCACGCGUUUGCGCAAGUGGAUGUUCCUUCCUUGCCUAUCGUCCAGUCUACCAGCACCUGGGAUCGCCUUUGACGACUGAUAAGGAUCCAAGAAGACAAUGUGUUCUGCAUCAAAGCAGAGAGGUCGAGACUCCAGUUGACUCUUUGAUGGACUAAUUUUAUACUGGAUGGAUGUUUUGGACCUUUUGAACUGGAGACAGUAAAUUCCUGCUGCUUUGCUCUUCGUUUAGGACUCUCAGCCCACACUGCCCCUCAGAUUUUGUCCAUUCUCCCACUUCAACGCAAGCACUUUUUAAAAAAAGAAAAAAAAUGUAUGGAAAAAAAUAAGUGAAGGAGCUUCCAAAGAGAAAAUUUUUGGAAUCAGCGGUAUGCUUUGAUACAAGAAUGUACGUACAAUUUGCUUCAGAAUUAAUUUCUUUCUUCACUCGCCAGUCUCACACGUUCUGAUGAAUGGAAAUUCAAAGCAAGCACGAGGGUGGUUUAUGCAACGAGAUUGAAAGGCAGUUUUUAAUCAGAGGCUGAAAAAUUGCCCUUGAAUGCGAAAAUCUCUUCGUUCUCUUGAGAAAUAUUUCUGGACAACUUUCACCAGCAACUAAUGGGAGUGUGGGCACAGCCAUGCACUCAUCUGCUGUUC